AUUCACACACUGAGACAUCAGCAGCACCGCAGCUCUGAGAGUGAUGCUUAUGAUCCAGUAAGCCAUGAUGAGAGGGCGGCUCCUGUUUGUGCUCUGGUGCUUCAGCAUCCUGGCAGCGGCCCGCAGCAUCACAGUUUCAUGCGUGAGUGAUUACAUCAAAAACAUAACCUGUGUGGUGAACGACAUCAGUCCUGACAACUACAGCCUGACUUUCAAUAAAAGCAACACUUGUCCGCUCGUGGCGACCGAUCAGGGUUACUUCUGUAACUAUCAAGCUAAAGAUGACAUGUCAUCCAAACACACAUAUGAAAUAAAGCUUUGUAAUGCAUCUUUCUGCAAGGUUCUCCAAAGCAACUUCAAACCAAAAUCAAACAUUAAGCUGACCCCGCCUCCUGCAGUGGAUCUCCAAAAAUCAACAGAUUAUAUCAACAUAACCUGUAAGAGUGACACGUAUAAAAGACACAUGUACCUUCGAGACCACCUCGCAUAUGAAGUUUUGCUUCAGGAAUCCCAGGGCAGCUGGAACAGAACUUUUCCCCUCACAUCGUUUAAAAAUGUUCAAGUAAUUGAUAGUAAAUCAUUGCUCAAACAAAACACAGAGUACUGCGUGAAAUCCAGGUUUAAGGUUAAAGACGGACUGGACUGGCGCUCUACGUGGAGUGAGUGGGGUGAACCAGCAUGUUGGACAAAUGAACAAAUGAGAAAACAAGAAGACGUAGUUCCUAUUUUACUUAAAUCUCUGGGCCCCAUCUGUUUAAUUAUUGGACUCCUCCUGUUUGUUUUCUACAAUCCUGCUACAAGAAUGAAGAUAAAAACUCUGGGCCACACACCAACACCAGCCCCGUUCUUUAAGCCUCUGUUUCAGCAGCAUGACGGAAACCUGCAGGAGUGGCUUUCACCUCAUGGCAGUUAUGUUCUGACGAACAAAACCGAGGAGGACCUGAUCACCGAGGCCGUGACUGUUGUGCCAAAGUCCAGCCCAAAAGAUUUAGAGGAGAACCAAGUCUUCCUCACCUCUCCAGGAACGCAGCUGGUCUUCCCUCUGAGUCACACCUCCUACGUUGGCUUUCCAGGGAUGGAGAAAGCCUCCGCUCCUGCCUGGCCAGGCGACGCUCCGUACACUCAGCUCCCCUGCCCCGUCUGGAGUCCCUGCAUCCAAAACGUAGAGGUUGUCUGCUCCCAUCCAAACGCCUUCCUAGAGAUAAGCCGUUCUGAUUCUGGUUGCAGCUGCGAGGAUUUAACCCAAAGUCCGGAGUGCAGCUUGCCAUGCAGUCCUGUGGAUGAGAUCCCGACGGCCAGUCACUGUAACGACUACUGCAUCCUCAACAAAACCGCUCAGGGAGUCGUUCCUGUGUUGCUGUCCAAAGAACGUCCUGCAGACGUUCCCGACCAUUCUCUGAAGUCAGAAGGAUGAAAACUUCUUCUGUUUGUUCAUUUAGAGGAAAAUGGCUUUCAUCAAGGAAAUGAAAGCCAUUGAAGCUUUUAUUGAGGCCUCAAUGCAAGUCAUUGAAACGAGCAACGCAAGUCAACAAACCUGCCAUGUUUCCCAUCCCUGGUGAAACUUAGCAGUUUGCACUUGUACAAAAGUAUUUGAAUUACCUUCAGCUGGUGCAUUAUUUUCAGUAUAUUCUUGCCAGUGUUGAAAUAUUUUAGUAUGAACUCAUAGGAAACUGUAUUUUUAUUUGUGCCAUCCAAUGCAAAUGUUGAGUUUACUCUGACUCCAUUUAAUCUAGUCGGAACAGACUGAAAGUGUCCUUGGCUUCAGGUGAAGGAAUUUGAAUUUCUGCUUUAUGUUUGAUAUAAAAAGGGUCAGAAAUGAUAAUCUACUGCUAAACUUCUAAUUUUUUUUUGCCAUGUAUUCUUUUUGCACAGCAUCCUGAUCUGCUUAUAAGAACAAGCAGAAAAUGACGGAUCUAGAAGUUGAAUUAUGUCUCACUUCAUUUAACUAAGGGACUUUGAACUUUUAAAGCACCACUGAAAAUGUCUUCAUCUUUGUGGUAUUUUCUAUUGCUUUCAUCUGGCACUUUCACAUUAAUGUCCUGAAUAUUUCUAUUUGUAAAUAACAGCCUAAUAUUCAAUAAAGUACAGAAAACAAAA